UGGUUUUUCAACGUCGGCUGAUCAGCUGUGCGGUUUAAGUUGGACUUUCCCCUUGUGGUGUGGUGUCGUGCACAUUCAGACUUGCGUUCGAUUGGCAUAGAUACGUCGGAUCCGUGUAUCGAGGAUAGAAUCGGAACGGUGUCAUAAAUACAGCGACGAAGUACGCGCUGGCGGCGAUAAAUCGGUAGUAUUUUCUGGUGAAGGGGGGCAAGUGAGGCAUGACGGGAACAGGUGACAAUAGAGCUUCGCCAUGUUAGAUUUGACGAGAUCACGAAACGUGCGCCGCUGCUGCUGCUGCUGCUGCUGCUGGUGUUAGUGGAGAGAGAGAGAAUUUAUUUUGUUUUCUCGACUCUCGUGCUACUUUCCUCAGCGGUGAUCCAACUGAAAAUCAUCCAAGCUGGAUAGGUUACCCGAGUAUCUCCGCGAUACCGUGGACUGGUUUAUGGGAUGGAUCUGCCAGCGAGACAACGACUCUACAACGUGUGUAUUACCUCGUGUUCAUCGAACAGUCCUAAAAAAAUGCAUUAAGACGAAUCGUUUGCUCGAACAGAAACUGUGAGACAAUUUCGAUCGGAAAAGACUUUGAAUAUUUUCGGAAACAAAAAAAAAAAAAAAAAAAAAGAAAAAGGAAAAGAAAGGAAAAAUAGAGAAAAGAAAGGAGUAGAAUUAACAGAGACAGAGUAGUUGUUAUCGGUGGAGGGGUGAAGUUUGAGGAUAGUUGUUGGGAUUGACCAAGGACGAGAACACCAGGCGAUAAUUGGUGUCGCAGCCGGUGUUCGAUGAGAACCGAACAAGAUUUGGUGCAUACCCAGCGUACGUGAAAAGAUCCUCGGGCACGAGGACGGGGCGCCGAAGAGAUCGUCUUCAACCACGACGAUCACGACGACAGCGAUGCUGCGCUCGCCGGCGCGCGUCGUUCUCCAGGAUUCUUCCGCCUCGACGUCCUCGACCCUGUCGGCGCCACCGACGCCGGUCCACCACGGCGCUGCUACCAGCUCGACCGUCUCCUCGCGUCUUUCCCUCCUCGACACCUGCCACAGGAAGAUCAGGUUCUUCGGCGAGCUUGUCGCAAAAGCCCGACGAAAGGAGAAGGAUGCGGGAACUACAGAGGAUCCGAAAUUGUACCUCGAGGAGGCGGCCCUUGAAAGGCAGCUGCCAGAGCUGGACCUGAGGAUGCUGGUCGAUUUACCACCCGGUUUGGACUACAACGAAUGGUUGGCCUCUCACACUCUCGCACUAUUCGAUCACAUCAAUCUCGUUUACGGAACGAUAUCCGAGUUCUGCACGAUGACGGGCUGUCCCGAUAUGACCGGUCCUGGCUUAAGAACUUAUCUGUGGUUUGAUGAGAAAGGGAAGAAAACGAGAGUGGCAGCGCCACAAUAUAUAGAUUAUGUUAUGACUUUUACACAACGCACCGUUAGUGACGAAACUAUAUUUCCUACGAAAUAUGCAAAUGAAUUUCCUAGCUCGUUCGAAUCGAUAGUGCGUAAGAUCCUGCGGCUACUGUACCAUGUGGUGGCACACAUUUACCACUGCCACUUCAGAGAGGUAGCACUCUUGGGGUUGCACGCUCACCUCAAUUGUGUAUUUGCCCACCUCACGCUCCUUAAUCAACGCUUCAACCUUAUCGAUCCCAAGGAAACGGAGAUCUUAGGAGACUUAGAAGCUGCCCUCUUGGGUGACUCGACAUCAUCAUCAGCGCCUUCAUCACAGACCUUAGCCAUCCAGGAGACUCCGACCACAGCCACCUAGAUCGCAAUGCACAGAAAGCAAGAGGUUGCAGUUCCUGAGACUAGAAUAUGCGAACGACAGAGUUUAAGCAUUAACGACUACAUACGCAGGUGGAGCAAAAGCGCAAUUCUGUAAAAACCAAGUAGUACCUGUACAUAGCGAAGUGUGAACAACUACAUGAUGUAAUUAGGUUCCUCCGUUUGUUGUUUGUGAGAUUGUACAUAAUUUAUUAAACAGUAAGAUAUACGAAAGAGACGAAGGAUGAUUAUUAAUUAUUAUUGACAAAGUUAGUUGCUAUAAGAGGAUACUUUGUUCUGUAAAAACAAGAAAAGAAAGAAAAAAAGCAAAAAAUAACAAAAUGAAUGAAACUGAUGAUAAUAUUGUAAAGUUUAAAUAAUACCAAAUAUAUACCUGGUGUUAAGGCA